AGGCGGUGGCUGGCCGGGGGCGUGGCUUGGCGCUGGCUCCUCCCCGAGGGGGCGUGGCUCCAGCCUCACCGGGCGCUGGCAGUCGUCUUGAGCCGCCAGACGGGUUGGCUGCUCUCUCUGGUUCUCUUUUUCUGAGAGGCUUCUCCGGAGAUCCGGAGCGACUCCGCUUUCGGGCCGGGCGUUCCAGGCUGGGCUCGGCCUCCUUCGGAAGACCCCCCAUGGGCCCCCUGUGGAGCCUCGGCGCCCUGCUCUGCCUCCUCCCCGGCUCCUCGCUGGCGCAGACGGUGCGCGUCCUGGAUGAGGUGACGGGCUUCCUGGGCCAGGAGGCGGUGCUGCCCUGCCACUUUGUGAAGGCGGCUCCGGACAGCAAGGUCAGCCAGGUGACCUGGAUGAAGGAGGCCUCGGGGCGCAAGCAGAACGUGGCGGUCUUCCACCCGGAGCACGGGCCCAGCUUCCCCAUGGACCGGGAGGGCACCCGCAUCCGCUUCCGCACCCCCUCCCUGGAGGACACCACCCUGGUCAUCGGGCCCCUGCGCCUGGACGACCAGGGCACCUACUUCUGCGAGUUCGCCACCUACCCUGGGGGCAACCAGGACGGCGUCACACACCUCAUCGUCCUGGCCAAGCCUACCAACACAGCCGAAGCCCACGAGGUGAAGGUGAGCAACUUGGAGCAGCCUGUGGCCACUUGCACCUCCGCCCAGGGCAAGCCUCCUGCCCGCAUCACCUGGCAGUCCAGCCUUGGGGGCAACACCAGCACCUCGGAGGUCACCAAUGCCGACGGCACCAUCACUGUCACCAGCCAGUACCGCCUGGUCCCCAGCAAGGAGGCCAAUGGGCAGCGGGUGACCUGUGUGGUGGAGCACAAGUCCCUGCCCCAGCCCGAGACCCUCCCCGUCACCCUCUCCAUCCUAUAUCCCCCCGAGGUGUCCAUUGUGGGUUAUGACGACAAUUGGUACCUGAGUCGCAACGAGGCCAUGCUCACCUGCCGCGCCAAUGGCAACCCCAUGCCCACCGAGUUCAUCUGGAGCACGUCCAGCGGGCCGCUUCCCAAGACGGUGACGGUACAAGGCGGGAACCUCUUGGUGCAAAACGUGGACGCUUCCGUCAACACGACCUUCAUCUGCCAGGCCACCAACCGCGUGGGGCAAGUGGCCACCGAGCAGGUCAUCUUCGUGAGAGACAAGCCCAACUUGGACGGGGCGGGCACCACCGGGGGCAUCAUCGGCGGCCUCAUCGCGGGCAUCGUGGCCUUGGCCGUGGUGGCCACCGGCGUCCUCAUCUGCCGCCAGCAACAGAAGAACCGCAUGGACCACGAAGAGGACGACUUAGAAGGGCCUCCGCCAUACAAGCCGCCCCCGCCUUGCCAGCUGUCUGAUGAAACAGAACCGGUGCCUAACCCCAAUGAGGUUGAAAAUAUCCCGCUCAAAAGUUCCUAUUUGGAACCCAGCGCCACCGAGGAUUUCUUUGGAGGGGUGGCUCCCACCACAACCGAGGAGGCUCCCCGGUACCACGAACUGCCCACGCUGGAGGAGCGGGAGGCGGCCAGCGAAGCCGGGCCGGGUUUGGAGGACGACGACUAUUUGGACCAGAUCAACCCCAUUUACGACGGCCUCUCCUUCCCGGCCAUGGAGGACGAGGCCGCUUUGACCCCGCUGCCCACCGACAAAGCCUUCGUGAUGUCCAGGGCCAUGUACGUCUGAGGACAGCGGAGGUUGCCGUCGUCAUCGUCCUUUAGUCCACUCUUGUCCAUCGGUCAGUCGGCCAGCUCUAGCUCUCUUGCAGGUGCCUUACGAUGCCAAGGACAUCCUUUUGCUCUGGCCUUCUCCCUCUUUUUUCCAUCCAGUCCAAUUCAGGUUAGGUCCUUCCUUGGACUUUCCUUUCAGUUGUGGCUUCCGUCUCCAAAAUGGCAACUAAGUCCCGCUUUUGGACUUCACUUUCUUGGGGUCGUGCCAUCUCCAACACAUCCACAAAGGUGAAGGCGAUCCAUUUGUCAAUCAGGUCCUGAACUUUUGGAAUUUUCUUUUCUUGGCUACUGUUUCCAAAACAUACACCAAGCCAGGGAGAUACACUUGGCAAAUAGCUCCUUCUUCUAGACCAGUGGUUCCCAAACUUAUUUGGCCUACUGUCCCCUUUCCAGAAAAAAUAUGACUCAGCACCUCCUGGAAAGGGGGCGUGGCUUAGAGGGGUGGGCGUGGCUCCUGCUCAAGAGGGCGGGGCUGAGCCUCUCCCCUAGUCCAAGACAAAUGGGCGGCCAGGACUGGGAUGGGCGGAGUUACGAGCACUGAGGCAGGGCUGAGCUUCUAUCCCUGUCCUGUGGUGCAUGCCAAGACACAGGAGGCGGGGCUAGAGGAGGGGGCGGGGCUAGAGGAGGGGCAGGGCCUCUUCCCAAGUGCCUGACAGGGCUGAACCUCUAUACCCCGCCCCUGUGUUCUAACAAGCGCCUCAGGGGAGAUAUAGAGGCUCAGCCCUGUCUCGGGCUCUUGGGAAGCCCUGUCUCGUACUCUUCCCUAGCCCCGCCCCCUCCUCUAGCCCCGCCCCCUCCUCUAGCCCCACCAGCAAAACUGCCCAUGUAUAUAGGUCUGAAGCUACAACAUCAUACGAGGGUUGAAUGAAAAGUAAUGCCUCCACCUUCGUAACUCCUCAACAGAUGGCAGUCCUGGUCUGCGGCAGGUCCUGGCUUGUUCAGUAGACUCUCCUCUACAGUUCCAUUUGGCAGGAAGCCUUAGCACUGAAUGGUUGUGUUGUUAAAGUGUGAAGUAUGGAACCCUGCGCAGACGGGGAAGCCUUAGCAUUGAACGGUUGUGUUGUUGAAGUGCGAAGUAUGGAACCCUGCGCAGACGGUCAGACAAUGCGACUUAAGCAACGUGCAGUCACUGAAUUCUUGACAGCAGAAGGUGUCACCCCAAAGGAGAUUUCUCCGAGAAAGCAAGCUGUUCAUGGCGAUUGUGUUGAUGUGAGUCCUGUGCAUCGUUGGGCGAGUAAGUUUCAAGAUGUUGAGGUGGGAACAUUUGACUUGCGGGACGAACAAAGAGUUGGACGUCCUGUGACAGCAACCACAAGCAAAAGUUUGACAGAUUGAUUCAGGAUGAUCGUCGUAUCACUCAAAGAGAAAUUUCAAGCAUAAUCGGCAUUUCACAAGAACGUGUGGGUCACAUUAUUGCUUUGCUUGGCUAUCGCAAGAUCUGGCAUGAUGGGUCCUGUGAGACGUCGGUUGCAGAAACAGAGUAUCGAUUUCUUCCGUGACGGCUUCAGAAAACUUGUUCAUCAUUGGCAGAAAUGUAUCCAAUUGCCUGGUGACGAUGUGGGAAAGUGAAUAGUGGUCGUUAAAGAGCACAUUCAAAGGAUUAUUCCUGCGUUUGAUUUAUUAAAAUAUUCCCAACCAAACUUAAGUAACGAAGGUGGAGGCAUUACUUUUCAUUCAACCCUCGUGAAUCAAAACACAUUUUAAAAAAACAAAAACCUCUCUGGGUUCUAGGUUCUCCUGUGCAAUUCUAUGAUCAACUUCCCACCAAUUUGCACCGUAGAUCCUACAAAUGCCCUUUGUAUCCCUUUGCAAAUGCCCUUUGCAUCCUACAAAUGCCCUACAAGUGCUCUUUCUAGGGAUUUCUAGUUCCUCCAACACAUUUCACACUCCUGCUAAGGACCAGAAAGGAGAAGCAAGGGGAAAGCAUGGGGCAAAUAUGGCUCUCCCCUUUAUUCCGCCUUCCUCAAACAGUAUUGUGUUGGGGAUGAUGGGAGUUGUAGUCCCUCCUCCGCCAAGCCCUGGUCCAGGCUCCGGUUUACUACUUGAAAUGUUAAAUCUAUAACUCAAAGACUCCAGGCGACACCUGGCCUGAAAAUGUGAAUGGUUUUGGGUUGUGUUUUUGUUAAUGGGUUAAAAGUGGGGGGCAAAAUAAAGCAAUUGGUUCCCAGUGGGAAUCCCAUCCUCCCCCUUCCUUCUGAAAUUUGUUGCAUUGCAUCAUUAAAAAUCAUUCAGAUCCCAGAAUUCUUCCAUUUGUUCAUGCAAUAGGUCAGGCAUGGGCAAACUUCGGCCCUCUGUCCGGGUGUUUUGGACUUCAACUCCCAGAAUUCCUAACAGAAUCGUAGCAUAAUAGAAUUGGAAGAGACCAACUCCAUAGGUUAACAAAGAAUCCAUUGCAUUAUUAUUAAUAAUACUCAGGGAUCUACCGAUUCCUAUGCCAGUUAACUGAGAAUCUGCUGUAUUAUUCCUAUCACUCGCUCUUUGUAUCCCAUUCUGAGUUGUUGCAAUGCUGGCAAUUGGCAGAAAAAUUUCAUUUGGGGGAAAGUUUCCUGUUGGGAACACAAUGCCUUUAUUCCCCAUUUUUCCCACUUCUUAUUUUUAAUAAUUUUGUUAAAAUAAACGAAUCGACAUAACCGUUCCAAGGUAUGGUACAUACCCCUCCGCUGCUAUUUCUGCUUUCUCCGGACAUGGGUUCGGAUCCACAUGGUUCUCAAUUCAGAUGAAGGUAAUGUUGAUGCAGAUGAUGAUGAUGUAAUGUAUUGUCGAAGGCUUUCAUGGCUGGAAUCACUGGGUUGCUGUGAGUUUCCCGGGCUGUCUGGCCAUGUUCCAGUAGCAUUCCAACCCCAUUCUGCCAAGAAGCAGGAUAUCGCAUUCAAAGCACCCCCGACAGAUGGCCAUCCAGCCUCUGUUUAAAAGCCUCCAAAGAAGGAGCCUCCACCACACUCCGUGGCAGAGAGUUCCACUGCUGAACAGUUCUCACAGUGAGGAAGUUCUUCCUAAUGUUCAAGUGGAAUCUCCUUUCCUGUCGUUUCGAGCCAUUGCUCCAUUGUGUCCUAGUUUCCAGGGCAGCAGAGUGAAUGCUGCUGGAACGUGGCCAUACAGCUCAGAAAACUCACAGCAACCUGGUGUGAUCUGGAAGAGAAAACGAUUGAUUGUGAUGCACAUAAGCAUUCAGUGCCUUUCCACAAAACCCGAUCCCCAAAACAUCCCUUUUUGUGCCUCCGCUUGACACUACUGAAUGCUCCAAUUUCAAUGAGGGGAUUUCUUUGUAUUUUUUAAAAUAACUUUGUAAUGAUGUUGUUAUUUCUUUAAAAAAUAAAUUGGAUUUUUUUUUCCAAA